AUGACACUAGGGGAUAUUAAAUGGAGUCUUCCACAACUGAGUGCAAAGCUUCACCGUCUAAAGAACAACCAGAUAAAGAUAAAAAGCACUAAAGUUCAAGAGGAGAAUGAUGUUGCUGAAGAAGUGAUUGAAAAGCAUGAUGAUGCUGUUGAAGAAGAAAAUGAAGAGGAGGAUGAUGUCUUUGUUAUCACACUUAAAAAUUGGGACAACGUCUUGGUUCUUUUGAUACCCAUGUCGUCGCUCGGGGUGGCCGGAGGAGGAGAUGGCAGCUCAAAAACUGGUCGGAUGAACAGUAACAAAAGGGAUGGGUUGCUGUUCUGGAAUUUUGGGGGAUGA